AUGGAUAUCGGUAAUGUACAAAAUGUUAGACGCGUAAGAAAUUUAAGAAAUGUGCAUUUUAUUAGACAGCGGAAAAUAUAUAAGAUUUGUAAAAAUCCUUACAACGAAUUUACUAAUAAUGAAUUACGUAAAAAGUAUCGAUUUUCAAAAGCAUUCUGCUUACAAAUCGUAAACGAAAUUCGUGACUUUUUACCUCGAGUAGUUAACAAUUACGGAAAACCAAUUUCGCCGAGCUUACAUUUGUUGAUUGCACUUCGUUAUUUAGCUAGAGGACAAGUUCAGGACGACAAUGGAGACUUACAUAGUGUUAGUCAACCGACAGUUAGUCGAUGUUUGAGUCAAGUUUGUAGAGCACUAGCAUCAUUAAAAAAUAAUUAUAUUAAGUUUCCAUUGACCAAUGAAGAGUUAGCUACUAAAAAGACAGAUUUCAGUUAG